UAUCGGGAGGUGGCGAGCUAGGGAGCAAGGACCCCUGGAAGAGGCGUUUUCUCCAGCACCCCGGGGUGAAAUUCCUCUGUGUGCGAGCACGGGGGACCCUCGGGGAAAAAGGAUCAGGGUUUUAGGGCGAAGAGGCUGCCCUGGCGGCGGCAGGGCGGGGGCGAUAACGCCCGGCGCCCCCUCGCCUCGCCCCUCCCGCCGCCCCCCGUUCCCACAGGGGCUCCCCCCGAGGCCGGGCAGCGGCCAUGUGUGACUGUGAAUCACCUCUGGGGUGUGAUUCACACCCCGUCGCCAAACCUUCCCCCCGACCAGGGGCCAUCUGGGGCAUGCACGCGUCCGCGCCCCGCGUUUACACGGCGGCGCCUGUUUGUUGAUGGCGCUGGCAGACGAGCCGGGGGAGGUGGGCUCCGCCGCCGCGGGCUAUAAAAGCAGCCCCGGGCAGGGCGAGGAGAGGCGAGGCGGUGGCAGGAGCCGUGUGGUGGAGCAUGGAGGUCGGCGGGGUGCGCUGCGGCUGCCCCCGGGGCUUCUCGCCCCUCUCAACCCCUUCGUCCCCCCCGCGCUGCUGCUGCUGCCACCGCCGCCGCCAUCACAGCGGCCUCACCGCCCUGCCCUCGCCCCGCAGCCCCGCGCCCUUCUGGAGGCCCUGGCUGCCCGGCCCCGCUGUGCCCCGCAGCCCCCGCGGGCUGGCGCAAGGCUCCCGCAAGCUGGCGCAGUACGCGCACCCCGUCAGACUAUUUUGGCCCAAAUCGAGGUGCUAUGAUUAUUUAUACCAGGAAGCUGAAGCACUUCUGAAAAACUUUCCAGUUCAAGCUACAAUUUCCUUUUAUGAAGACUCGGACAGUGAAGAUGAUGAAGAUGACCUGGAACAAGACUCAAGAACAGAAUCAGACUGCUGACUGCAAGAAAGGCCAACCAAGGAUACUUCUAAGAUUUAAUUUAAACUUAAUAUAAAAAUGUAUUAUAGUAUUUUUAAAUAUAAUUUAUUUGUAUGUAACUUAUUCUUAAUAAAACUGGAAUGUUUUGUAACUAUA